AAAUCGAGAUACUAAUCGUAGGCAAUUUCUAGCUAGGGAAGAUGGAAGCAUACUAAUGAGGAAGAAUGUUUUGCAGAUACAAAAAAUCAGUGAACACAAUGGAGAUGACGACAAUUCAUACAAGGUUAUCGAAAGAAAUGACAACAUUCGUACAGGCAGACUUAUCUUGCUUUCGAGAAGUUGUUCAACGAUUAACUGGUACAUCUGAAUGUAUUGAUGGAAAUCUCGAAAUUGCAGCAGCAACAAACAUUUCAAAAGCUCAAAAGCAGCAUAAUACAUCAAAGCUUCACCAUCGCAGACAAUGUCGAAGACCAGACAUAGAGAUUACUAACUCACAGUUUCAGCCCAUCAUCAUCCCAAGUCCCUCAACUCGUUCAAACAAACGAGCUUCUCCAUCCAUUGAGACGAUAAAUAAAGUGGAAGAAGAGAAAGCUAUCAAAGAAAGAAGGUUUUACUUGCAUACGUCUCCCAGGUCUAAACAUGGAAAUGCUGAAGAACCAGAGUUACUCACCUUGUUACCUUUAAUUUCCCCUCGUGAAACAAUGGAUCGUGAACAAUCAGUUGAAGGAUUUUGUUUCUUUAGCUAGAAACUACUUAGUAAAAGAUACAGUUCCUACAUAAGAUUCUAAUACAACAGAAUAACUUUUAGAAGCAA